AUGAACGCUUCUGCAGAAGAAGUGUACCUAAACUCUUCUCUACUGCAACAAUUAAAUGCAACGGUGCAAGCGUAUUUAGCGGAGUUGGUGUCCACGGGUCAGACCUUCAACUCAUCUCAAAUUGUUGGAGAAAACGUGAGAUGUACUUCUGGAUCGAUUGUUGUGGGUUUGGUGACCUUAUAUCUUGUUUAUUAUUUGUUGUUCAGUAAGAACAAAGUGCCAUCAGCUGUUCAAUUCAAGGUGGAGAUUCCUGAUGCGGCACAGAAGCAUUGGAAGGGUAAACGUAUAUUUCCAUGUUCUGUAUUCAAUCCUGAACAACCGGGUAUGAUCCAGUCUUAUUGUCCGGCAACAGGUCAAUUCUUGGGCUCUUUCAAGUCCAUGACUGAAUCGGACAUCGAUAAUGUUAUCAAUGCAGCUUCGGCAGCACAGGUUGAAUGGGCCAAGACUUCCUACAAGGAGAGGUUACAAGUUUUAUUGUCCUUGAAAUAUUACAUCUUGGAAAAUCAAGAGGCAAUUGCUCGUGUCGCUUGCAGAGACUCUGGAAAGACUAUGCUAGAUGCUUCCAUGGGUGAGAUCUUGGUCACUUUGGAGAAGAUUGAAUGGAUUAUGAAGCAUGGUGAAAAAGUAUUGAAACCAAGUAAAAGACCCGGUCCUACUAAUUUCUUCAUGAAGUGGUAUAAAGGUGCUGAAGUGCGUUAUGAACCUUUGGGAGUCGUUGGGGCAAUUGUAUCUUGGAAUUACCCAUUCCAUAAUUUAUUGGGUCCCAUCGUAGCAUCAAUCUUUACCGGUAAUGCAGUUGUAGUUAAAUGUUCUGAACAAGUUGUUUGGUCUAGUAACGUUUUCACUCUAAUGGUCCAAGAAGCCCUAAAAGUUUGCGGUCAUGACCCAAAUUUGGUCCAAUUGUGUUAUUCUCUUCCACCUUCUGAAAAUGACAAUGCUGCAAAUUACUUCACCUCACAUCCGGGCUUCAAACAUCUAACUUUCAUUGGUAGUAAACCUGUCGCGCAUCACGUACUAAGAGCCGCUUCUGUUUCAUUGACGCCAGUCGUUGUCGAAUUAGGUGGUAAAGAUGCAUUUAUUGUUUUGGACUCGGUUAAAGACUUGCAAUCCCUGUCCUCGAUUAUCAUGCGUGGAACAUUCCAAUCUGCUGGGCAAAAUUGUAUUGGUAUUGAAAGGGUCAUUGUAUCUGCUAAAAACUACGAUAAACUAGUUGCUAUUCUGAAUGAAAAGGUGGGACAGUUAAGAUUAGGUUCUGAUAUUGACAAUUUGGAAGAUGUAGACAUGGGUGCAAUGAUUUCUGAUAAUAGAUUCGAGCAACUAGAAAAUCUUGUCUCGGACGCUGUAUCAAAAGGUGCAAGGUUACUCCAUGGAGGCUCCCGCUAUAAUCAUCCAAACUACCCUCAAGGGCACUUUUUCCAGCCUACUCUAUUGGUUGAUGUAACUGAGGAGAUGGAAAUUGCCCAAAACGAAGUAUUCGGACCUGUUCUCACUGUUAUGAAAGCUAACAAUACAGAUGAUUGCAUCAGAUUGGCAAACAGUGCUCCAUUUGGUUUAGGGGGUUCUAUUUUCGGUGCUGAUUACGAAGAAUGUGACCGUGUUGCCAAUUCUCUAGUAACUGGUAAUGUUGCUAUUAACGAUUUUGCAACAUUCUACGUUUGCCAGUUACCAUUCGGCGGUCUUAAUGGAUCUGGUUAUGGCAAGUUUGGAGGUGAAGAAGGUUUAUUGGGCUUGUGUAACGCAAAGAGUGUAUGUUAUGACAAGUUGCCAUUUGUCUCUACACAAAUUCCAAAACCUUUGGACUACCCUAUCAGGAACAAUACUAAAGCCUGGAAUUUCGUUAAAUCUUUCAUAACAGGUGCAUAUGCAAUCUCUACGUGGCAGCGCAUCAAAUCUCUGAUUUCUUUAGCCAAGAACGCAAACUGA